GAGAAUCAGAGAGCAUCCUUUUCGCCGGAAGAAAUCAACGGGAUUUGAUGAACUUUUCAUCGAUUCGCCGGAUUCUCAUCGGCUUUUGACUCCCGGCAGUCGGGCUUAGAUUCUGGAAACUGGUGGCUUGUUUAGCAUAUCAUGUUUGCCGGCAUCUUCUCUAGCAAAUCAUCAUGGCUCUCUGAUGAUUUUGUCUAGAUAGACCAAAUUUAUAUCUGGUUUGUUUGUCUGCUUAUUUCUUUUAGUUUAAUCUUGAUUCUCUAUUUUUUUUUGGAUGUCAAUUGUGUUGCGGUUAUCAAUUCUCAUAGCUUUAUCCUUAUUCUCCUUUAAAUGGGUUCUUCAUCUUCAAGCUUAUUCCUAUCUUUAAAGAUGUUUUAGAUGGAUUUUAGCUAUCUCUGAAGUUUUCUUUUUCGCGAUGCAAACUGGAUUCAAGCUUUGAAUCGAUGGUUCAGAUAUGGCUUAACCGUUCUGGAAUUGGUUAUCCGUUUUGCCUUGGUCUCUCUCGAUUUCCGUUAUCGGAAAAUCAUAGCGUCGGGUUUCAGACCGGUGGAGGAAGGUGUAGGUCAUGUACGCCGUAUGUCUUUCCUUUCGUAGCAGUCCUACACGUGGACAUGAUGUGGCUUAGACUUUAUCCUUUUUCUCCUUUUGGGUUUAAAUAUUUGUUUGUUUAUAGCUUUUUAUGGGCUUUAAAAAAAUGAGAUGCCAAAAGAAAAAAAAAAUUUCUUUGGCAUAAAAUGCUAAUGCUUGAUAUAAGUUUAAACAAGACAAGAAGAUAGUAGACUUUCUCAACCUGAACCAAAUAUUCAUAUACUUCUUACUUUUUAGUUAAAAAUUAAGAAAAAGUUUCUUAUAUUCUUUUAAGAACUCCGCCAUAAAAAAUCGUGGAUAAUCGUACUUUUAUCAUCCCUUGUGGGUCUUUCUCUCUAUCGUCUCUUCCUCUCCGAAUCAUCAUCCCUCUCUCAUGCAAUGAUUUUUAUAUUGUUUUUUUUGAAAAUAAAAGGGUUAAACCCGGGUCUAUUAAAGACACAGACCUAACAUCCGGGUGGAGGUACAGCCCACGGAUAGACCCUCUCCUGGGCAUUCAAAUGAGCCGAAAGCAAUAGCCCAUAUCCGUGUGGCCAGCGGGGUUCGAACCAGGGUUCGCCGUAUUGGGUUUAUUCCCUCAAGCGCCACUGGACUACCACCACCGGUUAAUUUUUUAUAUUGUUAUAUUGUUGCAUGCAAGGGUUUAUGAUAUUGUGACAUAAACCCAUAUCUUACAUUUUUUUCAUUUGCCGCUAACAGCAUCAUUUUUAUCAAUAUGUACAGUAUAUGAAUGGAACUUGAUAUUUGGGUUUGACUAUUAAAACUUAAACGAGUAUUCAACCGUUCCAUCACCUUGGUUAGUAUAUAGGAUUUUCAUUAUUUUACACAAACUAAGAGUUACGUGUUUGACAAAGAAAAAAAACUGCGUUCACAUUCCACUGUUUUAAAUUUGACGGCUAUUCCACUUUUUGUUUGUAACAUGGUUUGCUACGAAGUGCUGUACUUUAACAAGUUCCUCUGAUCUCCAAUAUACCAAAUCCAAUCUAUUACCAAAUCAUUCAUCAUGGUAACCUAUCAUUCCACACAUAUAUCAAUUCGAAAGUAAAUAAGGCCGUUGAAAAAAAACACAUACACAUCCAAAGUAAAAUUUGAUGUUGCACAAUUUGUAUUCCAACCUAGGAGUCUGUUUACAAACAAGCAAGAAACAAAAAUAUCAAACGAGGUUUCCUUCUCUAAUGUCAACAUCAUUGACUCGAUCAAAAGAAAUGUCAACUAAAAUAUUCCUUUAAUCCCAUGAUCAACAAACAAAAUACUUUCAAAUAAAAGACUAUAGUUCAUCAAACCAGAACUUUCUACCUCCCUUCCUAAUAACACAACUUACAUUUUUUGCCUUUAUAAUCUCGAUGAAAAGAGAAGUUACAUAUAAAACUAUACAACAAGACUAAAACACUCUUAUCAGAUAUCUAUUUAGCUUUGAAUCAUGGAAGUUAACGGUGGAGAAGAUCAAUACGAAGAAGCAUCAGAGUGGUUUGUGAAGUAUUUAAAUCGUCAAGGUGAUUGGUUAGAAAAGACCAGAGGAAAUCUAAUGGUUGCAGCGACAGUUAUAGCUGGUAUGAGCUUUCAAGUUAUGGUUAGUCCUCCUGGUGGUGUAUGGCAGAGUGAUAUUUGUUCUUCCGGUAAUCAAACCGGUGUUACCGUACCGGUUUGUACGGCAAAAGCGGGAACUUCGGUAUUGGAGCACGAGAGUUCGAAACGUGGACUCUAUCUUGGAAUGGUUAUUAGCAGUACAGUUUCGUUUUCUGCCUCCAUGAGCCUCAUUCUACUUGUCAUCAGUGGAUUACGACUCAGGAACCGGAUGAUAAUGGCGAUCCUAGUGACAUUUAUGGUACUAGCGGUUCUUUGCAUAUCGGCGGCGUUUUUCUUCGCUGUCGCAUUGGUUCAGUAUGAAGAUGAUAAAAUCAUCUAUAUACUAAUGGUUUAUGUGGGAUUCUGGAUCGUGUUUCCUGUUAUAAUACUUGUAAGCCAACUAGUUCGGUUUUUAGGUUGGCUUAUUUGUUUCGUAUGUUGUUGUUGUCCACGUCGACGACGGUCCCCUCGACGGCUGUUGCCAGUGACUCCAUCUCCUGUCCAUUAACGCAGAAGACGAACAUGUGGAUCAAACCCACAUAUGAAAUGAGCUAUGGUGUUACUAGUGCGAUCACUAGAAUAAAAGUCUCCCAUGCAUAUCCACUAUUAUAAUAAGGUUGAUCACUUGAUCGUAUGGGGUUUGUAUUGUUAAAUUACUAUUAUAUUCUUUUGAUUAAUAAUUUUCUAUGUGAAUCAUGAAUAAAAGCAUCUUGUAAUAAGUCUAGUUGAAUUUGAAAAUAAAAUAAAAAAUAUUUUGUUAACGAAUAUAUUAUUUUACCACUGCAACGUAAAAGUGUUUUGUAAAUGGAUAUACUCGUCUUAACUCCAAGAAACAAAAUGAUAAUUCCGGUUAAAUAAGAAAGCAAACACGGAUGAAAAUGAAAACACCAACUUUAUGGACAUUCUUUCACUAUUAAGAAGGGUUUAUAAGCCGGGACAGAAUAGCCUAGUGGUAACACUAGAGUGAACUGGAUCCCAAGGCACCUGGGUUCGAGUCCUCUGGGAUUCCGGAGACCGCCCGUGACAAAAAAAAAAAAAAAAAGUUUAUAAAAAAACGAUAAGCAUUCCAUUACGAGA